AUGAGUUCUCUCAAGAGAGCAGCCAGCCACGCCAUUGAAGACUUCGCAACCGUGAUUCGCCACUGUGCCAAAUCCAAGGACUUGGCAAAGGGUCGCUGGAUACACAACCAGAUCAUUUCAGAUCAAAAGGAAUACAGAGAGAAUGUCUUCCUGCCCAAUUUUCUCGUCCAGAUGUAUGGCAAAUGCAGUAGCCCAAAUGAUGCCAAGCGAGUGUUUGACGCCAUCGACGCCAAGAACGUUUUCUCGUGGGCUGUUAUGAUCACUGCAUAUACCCAAAACGGGUAUCUGCAAGAUGCUAAGCUUAUCUUUGACGAGAUGCCCCAUGGAAUACAAUGCUUGGAGCACUCGGAGGGUAUCUUAGCCUCUCCAGGAUUCUUUCGAAAGGUGCCCCAGCAUGACACUAUAUCAGCUACUGCAAUGGUUCCGGCAUUUGCUGCGAGGGGCAAUGACAGAGAGGCGUGUGCCUUGUUCGAGAAUAUGCCAGAGAGGAACGUCUUCUCAUGGACGGCAUUGCUCCAGGGAUAUGCCGAGAAUCGUCUUCUAGACAAGGCAAAAAGCUACUUUGACAAGAUGCCAGCAUGGAAUCUUGUGUCGUGGACUGUGCUCGUCAUUUCAUAUGCUCAAUGCGAGCGGCUUGAAAUUGCACAAGACUUGUUUGUUGAGAUGCCCGAACGGAGCAUAGUGACUUGGAAUGCCUUGUUGGCAGCGAUCGGGCACGCCUAG